AUGGUCGCGGAAAUGACGCCACCAACCAGCGAAGCUGUACCCCUGAUCGGGGUGUUUUUCUCGUGCUGCAUGUUAGUAGUGUCGGCAUCCGUUGUCUUCACGGUGGUAGUGCUGAAUCUACAUUUUCGAACACCAGAUACUCACGCCAUGUCACCGCUUGUGAGGCGUAUAUUACUAGAAUGGUUGCCGUGGGUCCUGAUGAUGUCACGCCCUGGCACAACAUAUAGUUGUGGGGAAGCAAUAACCAAUUCAGAAGCGAGCAGCAGGACCAAAGACGAUGACUACGAUCCCAUCGAUGAAGGAAUCCUUUCACGGGGCAGCGCUUCCGAUGCACAGAUUCUUCUACUUCACCGGCUCUACAUGGAAGUAAAGGAGAUCAAUCGCCGGAUGGAGGAGGAGGAAGAGUCGGAACGCUUGCAGAAUGAUUGGAAAUUCGGAGCGAUGGUAGUCGAUCGAGCGUGCCUCAUUUGCUUCUCCCUCUUCAUCACACUCUCCACCUGCUCCAUCAUGCUCAGUGCUCCUCACCUCAACGCAUAA